AUGGAUAUUCAUAAUGAUUUAUCAAGUUCGCAUAAAGGACAUACAGAAGUUAAUCAACUUGAAGAUUUAUCUAUGAAUGAUUCACCAUUACCAGAUAGUACACGAACACAUAUAAUUGAACUAGCACACAAUGGCAUGCAUCUAUGUGAUAUAAGUCGUUGUUUACGAGUAUCAAAUCACUGUGUAUCAGAAGUUUUAGCACAUUAUUAUGAAACAGGUUCAAUCAAACUACCUGUUAUUGAAGGUUCAAAAUCUCGUGUAGUAGAAGCUGAUGUUGUGGAAAAAAUAGUUCAAUAUAAAUGUGAAACACCAUCCAUAUUUGCAUGGGAAAUUCGUCUUCGUCUUUUAGUAGAAAAUAUUUGUAAUUCAGAAAACAUUCCAAGUGUAUCAUCAAUAAUUCAAGUUUUAAGAAAUCUUGAAUCUAAAUCAAUAGAUACAGAAACAUCAUCAAAUACUUAUUUAACAAGUGGAGAUUCAAAUUCAGAAUAUAAAUAUCAAAUCAAUGAUACAAAUCAUGGAGAUUUAGGAGUUGUAAUGAAAUUUACACAAGAACAAAUUGAUGCUUUAGAAGCAGCUUUCAAUUGUACACAUUAUCUAGAUGUAUAUCAACGUGAAAAACUUUCACAAAAAAUGCAUUUAUCUGAAGCAAGAAUUCAACUCUGGUUUUCUAAUCGUCGAGCAAAAUAUCAUCGAGAAAAUAAAGUAAAAGGCCGUCAACCACAUCAAUCAAAGCUGCCAUUUCUUCUUCGUUUAGCAGAAAAAACAUUAUUUAGUCUUGACACAUUAUUAAUAGUUACUGAUGUUAUUGUUCUAUUCUAA